UCCAAGACAACAUGGACAUAACAUGGAUGAGCACCCUGCUCCUGGCUCUGAUCAUCUCCUUUAUUAUAUACUCAUCAUGGAACGCGAUGUAUCGGAGCCGGAACCUGCCGCCAGGUCCAACACCGCUACCCAUUUUUGGCAAUGUGCUACAGAUAAGGAGAGGAGAACUAGUCAAAUCCCUAGUGGAGUUUGCAGACAAAUACGGAGUGGUAUAUACUGUUUAUUUUGGCCAUAAGCCUAUCGUUGUCCUAAGUGGUUAUGAAACUGUAAAAGAGGCGCUUCUGGACCGAGCAGAGGAAUUCAGUGGCCGUGGAAAAGUUCAAGCGUUUGAAGAUUUUUUCAGAGGAUUUGGAAUUGUCUUCAGCAAUGGGGACCGAUGGAGAGAUUUGCGCAGGUUUUCACUUACCAUGCUUAGAAAUUUUGGGAUGGGGAAGAAAUCUAUUGAGGAGAGGAUACAGGAAGAGGCUGGGUUCCUGGUGGCAGAGAUCAAAUCUCUGAAAGAAAAAUCCAUCGACCCAACAGGCCUCCUACUCCAAGCUGUUUCCAAUGUCAUCUGCUGUGUAGUGUUUGGAAAACGUUUUGAAUAUGAUAAUCAGAGUUUUCGGGAACUCUUGGACUUGUUUGGUGCAACAUUUAAAGACAUGAGCACACCAAUGGGACAGUUGCAGGAAAUGCUCCCAGACAUCAUUAACCACAUCCCGGGACCUCACCAGAGAAUAAACACACAUCUGGAUAAACUGAGGAAUUUCAUCUUAGAGAGAGUGAAGAUAAACCAGGAGACAUUUGAUCCCAACUGUCCUAGGGAUUACAUUGACUGUUUUCUUGUCAAGCAGUUGCAAGAAAAGGACAAUCCAAACUUUAAUACAAGGAAUAUGAUAAUGACAAUACUCAACUUGUUCUUUGCUGGAACCGAGACAGUCAGCAGCACCCUGCGACAUGGAUUACUCAUACUUAUGAGAUAUCCUGAAAUACAAGACAAAGUACUGGAGGAAAUAGAUCGGGUUAUUGGACAAAAUCGCAUCCCAAACAUUGAAGACCGGAGCAAGAUGCCGUAUACAGAUGCUGUAAUCCAUGAGAUCCAGAGAUACUGUGAUAUCCUGCCACUCAAUGUUUCACACUUAGUGAUAAAAGAUGUCAGCUUCAAGGGAUAUACCCUUCCUAAGGGUACUGAGGUCUAUCCAUUACUGUGUACUGUUCAUCAAGACCCCAAGAAGUUUGCUACUCCCUGUAAGUUCAACCCCAAUCAUUUCCUGGACAGCAACGGCAGCUUUAAGAAGAAUAAUGCCUUUAUGCCAUUCUCUGCAGGGAAGAGAGUUUGUGUUGGAGAAGGUCUGGCCCGUAUGGAGCUGUUUCUUUUCUUAACAACCAUCCUACAGAACUUCAAACUGACUUCUGGUACUAAAUUCACGGAUGAAGAUAUUGAGCCCAGAAUGACAGGAUUUGCCAAUGUCCCCAAAUUUUAUGAGAUGUCUUUCAUCCCUCGAGCAUUGUAAAAUGUUGCCCACCUUAAGGAACAAAUCCACCUUUUCU